AUGUUGAGAAAUGCCCAUGACGAUGAGGUGAAUCUAAAUCGUGGCCCAGAUAGACCUUUCUUGGGCAUUGACAUACACGAAAAAUUGUUGGCAGUCAAAAUGAAAGGCUCGGAUUAUGCAUUAGCUGCACUUUUGGCCGUCUCCUUCGUUCUUCGUCGGAUAAGAAAGGGCGAUCUGGUGAAAGAGUCACGUUCUUCAGAACUUGACCUCCUAGAGGCAAUCAGUCACUACAAUUCCGGCGAUUUUUACAUCAAUUCGUUCCCUCCCUUGCUUGUGCAAGUGCUGUCUUUUUCAUUCAAGCUUGCGGGAACUCCCUCUCUGGAAACUUUGAGGAAAAUCAACCUCUUUGUAGCUGCGAUCACCGUUUCGGUUUUUUACCUGACUUUGCGCGCCUCUAGUAUCGUCAGCGCUGUGUCCGUUGCCGCGGCAGCUGUUAUAUCCAAUCUGCCUUUAUUCAUGGAAGAAAGUACAUAUUUCUCCGCAGAGAUCCCACAACUUUUGUUUUUGACGUGUGGAAUUUUGAGCUGGAAUAUAUUCAAACGCUCGAAACUAAGCAGCAAACAAUGGUAUUUCACUUUAUCACUAUUGGCAGGGUCCAUUUCUGGUUGCAUCGGAACAAAGUUUUUGGGACUCGUCACCUGGGCUUGGUUCCUACUGCUUCUUUUCAAAAGGGUCUGGGAAACAAUCGGGGAUGCCAAUGUUAAAACCGUGCAAGUUGUCAAAACUACUUCUUCGGGACUCACAACAAUGAUCUUGCUGCCACUGACGACUUUUGUCUUGUCCUACUUUGUAUUUCUUUCGAACUCCAGAGGGUCAUCUCUUGAUCAUUCCAGUAUGGUGUCGCCUUAUUUUGAAAACUGGUUUUUGCCACAGCCAAUGCCGCAACCCGAUGUUGUUUACUAUGGAAGUAACAUACUUAUCAGGCAUGCACAAUCGAUAGGUGGCUACUUACAUUCUCAUAACUACACUUAUCCCGGUGGGUCCGGUGAUCAACAAGUAUCACUUUUCCUAAACUCGAAUGACGGAGAUAAUGAAUGGGUUGUGGAGCCGUACUCAGAAGAUCUGGAUUAUAAGGGUCGUCUAGAACCUGUGAGGAAUGGCGCCUUAAUAAGAUUAAGACAUAAAAACACGGGCAAACUUCUGCGAGCGUCAUCGGCAAAACCACCUAUUAGUGAACAAGAUUACGACAGCGAAGUGUCCUGCACAGGUGAUUCAGAGUACAGGGGAGACGCCGACGAGUCCUGGAGAAUUAGAUUCGAGCGAGGAAAGCCUGCGCAUCAUGAUCUUCUAUGCCCUUACACCAUCUUAUUCAGCUUGGAAAAUAAGGGCCACAACUGCAAGCUUUUGAGUCAUGACUUGAGGUUGCCAGAGUGGGGGUUUGGACAACAAGAGGUGCUUUGCGUUGAUCCGGCAGAUAUGGGACGAUCACUUUUUUUCGUGGAUAGAUCCAACUUGUACAAGGAACGCGGAGCGUACCUAGCAAGACCAACAGAUUGGAUCGGAACAAAGUUGUGGAAGAUCACAAGGGAGUACGUUCAACUGCAGUACAAGUAUGACUAUUAUUUGAAAAACAACGACCAGAUCAACGACAUCAAGAUGGAUAGUUGGUUGUCGUCGUCAGGAGACGACGUAAGCUCGAAGCUCAUGUGGUUUACGCCUCUUGCGUGCUUGGUCAUUUAUUUGAUCGUUGAGACAAGCAGAUGGUUGCGCUGGAACCCUUGGGCUGCUCCAGUCACCGAGUUGAACCCAGCCAAAUUUCUGUACUUGGACAAUUGUUGCGAGCUUGCGAUCGGAUGGUUCAUGCAUUAUUAUAUUUUUACCUGGUGUCAACACGAGAACCUCGGCCUCGCUCAAUACCUUCCAAGCUACCUGCUCAGCCUUGUUCUUGCUGCCACCACGGCCAAUUUUUUCUGGCAAUAUAGCCUUACAAGCCGAGUUGUGCUCAUAGUAUAUGCUGCGUCAGUGAUCACCGCCACAUACUUGCUAGUCUAA